UUUCGCUCGUCGGCCGGCAGCUCCUGCUGCGUUCCGCUCGUUUGUUCGCUGCUGUGCGCCUGAGAGUCCACCCGCCUGCCUGCCACUCCGGUGUGUGUGCGCCGUGUUGUCGCUGCUCGCGUUUUCCUCUCAAGAAAAUGCAUUUUAAAUAAUCGCGCGCGCGCUCAACUUGCAUGUGGGUGGUGUGUGUGAUUGCUGCACUUGCUCAAAACGCGUCGAGCGUAACUCUGUAUAUUCAAAAAAUACGUUUGAAUAUUUAAUUACGUGAAUAAAUAAUAAAAAAAGAAGCAUAACGCAAUAAAACACGGCUCAGGUGUGUAAUAAAAUUUAAAGUGCGGAAAGAUAUUUUUUCUGUGAGCGUCCGAUGAUAUAUAUGAAUGAAAUUAAAUAAUAAUUAUUGAGAUGUCCGAUGAAUUGAACGAAUAAAAAAGUGUGAAAUCACAAUUUAUCACCAUGGCCUGUUGACAUUAAACCGCAAUUUGUUAAACAAGUGUCUGCGUCGUAUGCUGAUUUUGGUAACGCGUUAAUAAUAAGUUUCGGUUCGAUCUCGCCGGCGUAAAAUGUGAUCCGGAAGCUGUCGAUUUCCUUGCGACACUGUGGAGUCGAGCAAAACGCGAGAGAUUACAUCGUUUCCGAUGAGGCGCACGAUGGCGUUCUGGAUUUUUUUGUUAUGUCUCACCUAUGGGACACAUUCAGUAUUAUGCGCAGUGCAGUCCAGCGGGAGCGCGGCCGGCAACUCACUGGCGGACGGCGGCGGUGGCAGCGGAGGCGGCGCAGGCGGCGCAGGCGGCAGUGCUGCGAAUGCGGCGCGCGGCCCACACUUCGACAUAGCAUAUUCAAAGAACGUCACGGCGCUGCUCGGCAAGACGGCUUAUCUUAAUUGCCGCGUUAAAAAUUUAGCGAACAGAACGAUAUCUCUGCAGGUGUCGUGGGUGAGACAUAGAGAUGUGCACCUUUUGACGGUCGGGCGUUACACGUACACUUCGGAUCAGCGAUUCCGCGCCAUCCACCAGCCGCACACAGAAGACUGGAUACUACAGAUUAAGUACCCGCAGCAUCGGGAUUCGGGCAUCUACGAAUGUCAGGUGUCUUCCACACCGCAUCUUAGCCAUUUUAUUCAUCUCACCGUGAUCGAGCCAGAUACUGAAAUCGUCGGCGGUCCGGAGCUUUUCAUCGAUCGCGGAAGCACCAUCAACCUCACCUGCGUGGUACGGCACAGUCCGGAGCCGCCGGCUUACAUCUACUGGAACCACAACGAUGCGAUAAUAAGCUAUUCGAGCGCCCGAGGCGGCGUCAGCGUUGCGACCGAGAGAGGCGAGACCAGCCGCAGCGUGCUGCUUAUACAGAAAGCUCGGCCGACCGACUCCGGCAAUUAUCAAUGUAAUCCAUCUAAUGCUCGUCCUGCCAACGUCACGGUACACGUAUUAAAUGGUGAACACCCCGAGGCGAUGCAACACGGUGGCAAUCAGCGCAUGGGCUCGACUGUUAAUGUAUUUGCUUUACUAACUAUACUUUUGUUGACCACUUAUUGUUAAUUCUGGGCGUUGUUGUUUAUUUUUCUACUGUAUUUUGAUUUAGGUCUUGAUAUUUCUUGCUAUUUUAUACUUUAUAUAGGCGAUGGAAGCGAAGAAAGAGAACAAUGGACAAAUGAUUUUAAAAUAAAUACAUUAAUUAUUGUAAUAUGCAGCUACAGUACACAAGAACACGGAACAUUAAAUACACCGAUGAUGCAAAAAAGUAUAGCAUAAGAAAACAAAAAAAAACUAUAAAAGUAAGUCAAUAUGAGCGCAUACAAAGUGUCUUUGAUCAAUGUCAUCAUAAAUAUCUAAUUGUAGUGUGAAUGUUUAAGAUAUUUAAUUGUAUAAGGACUUUUCAGACUACUAGUUAGAAUCAAAUAACAUGAUAAAUGUUUUUGUUUUUGUUUAUAUUCUAUGUGACUAGCAAAUCUGUGUGAGAAUAAUGUUUGAAUUUUUUUUAAAUUUGUUCAAAUAGCUGAUGAUAGAUAAAGAGAAAAAAUAAGAUCAAAGACUCUUUGUACACUUGCUUAAUUUAUUCUACAAGAUGAAAAGACAAAAGAAGAAUGAAAAGCCACAAAUUAAUGAACUCACUCAACACAUAAAACGAAAAUAAUGAAUAAGAAACAGAGACAGAAAAAAUGUUACGCUAUACUUUAGUCGUUUGCUGGUUAAUGUCGAACAUUAAAUUUAAGUAAAAAAAAAAGAAGUAAGAAAGUAAUAAACGAGAAAAUAAAUCAUCAUUAAAACUGCUCUAAAUCGCGAUUUAUCCACAUCACGUAUUUAGUAAUAAAUCAAUACUUUUUAGCGAUAACUUAAUAAAUAAAUGUGGCUAUAUUUGUUUGUACUUAACUGAUACUUCAUAAUGUCUAAUGUCCCUAGACGUACUAAGAAAGAGAAUGAACGAAUAAGAAAAAUUAUAUUAAUAUAUGAAGACGAUGCGCGUCAACACUCGAUUUAUUUGGAAUAAAUGAUGUGAAUACAAUGAUGUAACAUACCGAUUAAGUGAAUCCUGCAUUACAUAUAUAAAAUAUACAUUGCGGCAAGAACGCAGCGUGUGCGAAUGAUGAUGAUGUUACGAGUGUAAGUUAAGUUGUUAACAUUCUUAAGUGAAGUGAAGCAAAAUAAAUGAAAUACAAAUAUAUAUGAGCAACACACUGAAGCGCAACAUUUAAAUGAUGUUUUACUCCCAUGAUGAAUGCAUAAAGAGAACCUCAAAAUAACGUAAACUAUGAGACAUCUUCAUGUAGACAUCUACUUGUAUAUAAAUGAUAUUAAUGAUGAGAAUUACUAUUAUUAUUGAUGAUAUUAAGUAUAAUGGCAAAGAAUCUUCGCAUUCUUCGUAGUAAAUUAAGGACAAUGAGAAAAAUGAUGAAUUAUGAAUGAUAUACAAAUAUAUUGUUGAUUUAUUUUCUUAAGUUCCAACGACACAUUUUAUGUAUAAAAAAUAAUAUAUAUGAACUCUGUGAAGAACCGACACUAAAUAAUUUUAAUAACCAAUAAACUUUUAUUCCGAAA